AUGUCCUUGUGGGUUGACAAAUACAGGCCCAAGAAGCUCGAACAACUCUCCUACCAUAAUGCUACUACAGACCACUUGAGAGCAUUGGCAUCCACUGGAGAUUUCCCACAUCUUUUGGUGUAUGGACCCACUGGAGCAGGCAAGAAGACGAGAAUUUAUGCCACACUCAACGAACUCUUUGGAGCUCAGGUGGAGAAGUUGAAAAUCGACGUGAAAACGUUUACAACGGCAUCCAAUAGAAAACUAGAGUUCAAUGUCUUAUCGUCGCCAUACCAUUUGGAGAUCACUCCUUCUGAUAUGGGUAACAAUGACAGAGUUGUGAUCCAGGACUUGCUUAAAGACGUUGCUUCCACUGAGCAGGUUGACUUUUCGAGUCUGUCGAAGCAAGGUCCGAAACACCGUUUCAAGGUUGUGAUUAUCAACGAAGCCGACUCAUUGACAAGAGAUGCGCAAGCUGCCUUGAGAAGAACCAUGGAGAAAUACUCUUCCAACAUUCGUAUCAUUAUGGUGUGUAACAUGGUCUCUAGUAUCAUCUCACCAAUUAAAUCGAGAACUUUCCUUGUGAGAGUGGCUGCUCCUUCGGUUAAGGAUAUUGCUGAUAUUCUUGGACAUGUAUCGCAGAAGGAGGCAGUCAAGUUCAAUACUACCGACGAGGAUGCCAAAUACAAGUACCUUGAAUCAGUGGCUGCUGGAUCGGGCCGCAACUUGAGGAGAGCUUUGUUGAGUUUCGAAACCUUGAGCAUGCAACAGGAGACUCUUGAUGUCAACAAUUUGAAUGCCACUGCAGUUCCUCUCGAUUGGGAGAGCAUCAUUGUCACUCUGGCUCAUUCGGUGAUGAGAGAACGCUCCGUGGCAAACGUUGGUAAGAUGCGUCAAGUAUUUUACGAUUUAAUUGCCCACUGCAUCCCACCAAGACUUAUCUUGAAGGAGCUAGCCAUGCACAUCAUACGUGCAUUGGGCAGCGACACCAAGAAGGUGGUUGCAGUGGUGGAGCUUGCAGCUAUCUUUGACGAACGCUUGAGUUUAGGUCUGAAGGCCAUUUUCCAUUUGGAAGGAUUUGUGGCCAAAACCAUGGUUGCAUUGAACUAA